AUGAAGAUUACAUUGGAAAACGCAACAGCUUCGGCUCCCCGAGGGCUCAAGGAGACACUUCAGUGCACGUCCAUUGAACACAACUAUGAGUGUGAAAUGGUUUGGGCUACUAUAUCUUUUGGUCGCCAGUUAAUGCUUGUAAGAGGAAUGUACAGAUGUCCCCAGGCUAGUAUCGAUGUUUUACGUAGUUUAUUUGAAUUUCUUUAUUUCAAAACUAAGCAAUUUUCACGAGUAGUAUUGGCCGGUGAUUUCAACUUGCCAGACGUAGACUGGGGCAGCGUGAUGCCCAAAGGGAGCUGUGAACCUUCAAGACUGAUUGUUGAUAUUGCUUUUAGCAAUAAUUUAAGCCAGGUGGUCCCAUGUCCCACGUCAAACGGUUGCGAGUCAUUACCUAAUCUUGUGUUUUUAUCUGAGGUCGUUGCCAGACGUUUUCUGAAUAUAUUAAUCGCGGAUGAUAUAUCUGACCACGCAAUAGUUGUGUGUGACUUAUCUGCUCCGCAUUAUUCGUGCAAAGUGCCUGAGGUUAAACGUUAUCGGGAUUUCACCCUGGCAAGCGAUAUCGAUAUUCUCGACUUCUUGGAAGUUGCUCUUGGCAGAUUUACUAUUUUUUACGAGAAAAACGAUGAGUCAGUGGAUAAGUUUUGGCCCUUUUUUUAA